AUGGCCACCUUGCAGGUCUCGCAGCGGAUAAAGCAAGUCCGGGAUCUGGCCAAACAGGACAAGCCCCAAGCAACCAGCAGUUACCAACAGAUCCUCUCUGAAGGGCCCGGGUCGACAGAGGCCUCGUCAAGAGAUUAUGAGCAGGCGUUGGUUGGCCUGGCCGAGCUCUACCGGGAUGACAAGAAGCCGCAAGAGAUCGCAGAUCUCAUCAAGACCAGCCGGGACACCUUUUCGUCAUUUGCCAAAGCAAAGACGGCCAAAUUAGUCCGCCAGUUGUUGGACCUGAUCAGUGAAAUUCCCAAUACCCUCGACCUCCAAAGCGCCGUCAUCCACUCAAGCAUCGAAUGGGCCAUUGCCGAACGACGGUCCUUCCUCCGACAGAACCUCCAAGCGCGUCUGGUGGCCAUUCACAUGCAGAAGCAAGCGUACUAUGAUGCUCUCACUCUCAUCAACUCCCUUCUGCGCGAACUGAAGCGGCUGGAUGACAAGCUUAUGUUGGUGGAGGUGCAGUUGCUCGAGUCGCGGGUGUACCAUGCUCUGGGGAACCAGGCCAAAGCCCGUGCCGCUUUGACGGCUGCUCGGACGUCCGCUGCCUCUGUAUACACGCCGCCUAAUCUGCAGGCAAGUCUGGACAUGCAGAGCGGCAUGCUGCACGCCGAGGACAAGGACUUCAACACUGCAUUUUCCUAUUUUAUCGAGGCGCUGGAGGGCUACAACUCUCUCGACGAAGGCGACAAGGCCACCGCUGCUCUGCAGUACAUGCUGCUGUGCAAGAUCAUGCUGAACCUGGUGGAUGAUGUCACGAACCUGCUGGGCUCGAAGCAGGCUCUAAAGUACGCCAGCCCUCGGCUGGAAGCCAUGAAGGCCGUGGCCCGCGCUCACGCAAAUCGGUCGCUAGAGGAGUAUGAGAAGGCUCUGUCAGACUACCGGUUCGAAUUGGGCAGCGACGUAUUCAUUCGCAACCACCUCCGGCGUCUGUAUGAUGCCAUGCUGGAGCAGAACUUGAUCAAGGUCAUCGAGCCUUUCAGCCGGGUGGAGUUGGACCACAUCGCCAAGAUGGUCGGGCUGGACACGCAGCAGGUGGAGCGGAAGUUGUCACAGAUGAUUUUGGACAAAGUCAUCAUCGGUGUCCUGGAUCAGGGCUCGCGGUGUCUGAUUGUGUACGAUGAAACGGAACGGGACCAAGCGUACGAUGCGGCGCUGGACACGAUUGAGAAGCUGGGCAAUGUGGUGGAGGGGCUGUAUACUAACCAGGCGUCGCUCCUGGAGUAG